UUUAAGGCCAGGUCACCGUUGUUGGGCUCCAGGCCCCAGGGAAAGAGCCUGGUCCUCAGAGUGCGGGAAGUCCCCGGCCGGCCGGUGGAACUAAUCGGCCUCCCCACCCUUGGAGCAGCUGGAAAAUGACUCAUAGAAACCACAGGCCGGUGUGUGGCCACGUGGACAGACGGCUCUGUGGUUCUCUGUGUCCCUGAAGACUGAAGCCACCCAGCGUCCGCUGUGCCAAGGCAGCCAUCCCAGCCAGGGAGUGGGGCGUGGGGGCCGGGGGCCGGCGCCUGUGCAGCAGCAGAGUCCAGGCCUUGCAGGCGCGUCCCCCGAACGCACAGGGCUGGUGUCCCGGCCACCGCAGCCUGGCCUCUGGCUGGGCAGGAAGUGAGCCGCAGACAGCAGGCCCGGGGCAGGGCUGCGGCCCAGCACCCCCAGCACCCGCCAGCCUCCCGGCCCCUGAGCCCAGGAUGCAAGGAUGGCCAGCACAUCUCUGCCCUCCCUGGCGCCCCCGGGCCCCGAGAGCCUGCGCCCCUUCACGCCCGAGUCCCUGGCGGCCAUAGAGCGCCGCGCGGUGGAGGAGGAGGCCCGGCAGCUGCGCAACAAGCAGAUGGGGAUCGAGGAGCCGGAGCGGAAGCCGCGCAGCGACCUGGAGGCCGGCAAGAACCUGCCCCUGAUCUAUGGGGACCCCCCGCCAGAGGCCAUCGGCAUCCCCCUGGAGGACCUGGACCCCUACUACAGCGACAAGAAGACAUUCAUGGUCCUCAACAAAGGCAAGGCCAUCUUCCGCUUCUCCGCCACGCCCGCCCUCUACCUGCUCAGCCCCUUCAGCUCAGUCAGACGUGGUGCCAUCAAGGUGCUCAUCCACUCGCUGUUCAGCAUGUUCAUCAUGAUCACCAUCCUGACCAACUGUGUGUUCAUGACCAUGAGUGACCCACCGCCCUGGUCUAAGAAUGUGGAGUACACCUUCACCGGCAUCUACACCUUCGAGUCCCUCAUCAAGAUGCUGGCCCGAGGCUUCUGCGUGGACGACUUCACGUUCCUCCGGGACCCCUGGAACUGGCUGGACUUCAGCGUCAUCAUGAUGGCGUACCUGACAGAGUUCGUGGACUUGGGCAACAUAUCGGCUCUGAGAACCUUCCGGGUGCUGCGGGCCCUGAAAACCAUCACCGUCAUCCCAGGGCUGAAGACCAUCGUGGGGGCCCUGAUCCAGUCUGUGAAGAAGCUCUCGGAUGUGAUGAUCCUCACCGUCUUCUGCCUGAGUGUCUUCGCGCUGGUGGGGCUGCAGCUCUUCAUGGGAAACCUGAGACAGAAGUGUGUGCGCUGGCCGCCUCCCUUCAACGACACCAACACCACGUGGUUCGGCAAUGACACGUGGAACGGCAAUGACACGUGGAACAGCCAUGUGACGUGGACCAGCAACUCCACGUUUGACUGGGACGCCUACAUCAGCGAUGAAGGGAACUUCUACUUCCUGGAGGGCUCCAACGACGCCCUGCUCUGUGGGAACAGCAGCGACGCAGGGCGCUGUCCUGAAGGUUACGAGUGCAUGAAGGCCGGGCGGAACCCCAACUACGGCUACACCAGCUAUGACACCUUUAGCUGGGCCUUCCUGGCGCUAUUCCGCCUCAUGACACAGGACUACUGGGAGAAUCUCUUUCAGCUGACCCUCCGAGCAGCGGGCAAGACCUACAUGAUCUUCUUUGUGGUCAUCAUCUUCCUGGGCUCCUUCUACCUCAUCAACCUGAUCCUGGCGGUGGUGGCCAUGGCCUACGCCGAGCAGAAUGAAGCCUCCCUGGCUGAGGACCAGGAGAAAGAGGAGGAGUUUCAGCAGAUGAUGGAGAAGUUCAAAAAGCACCAGGAGGAGCUGGAGAAGGCCAAGGCUUCCCAGGCUCUGGAAGGAGGAGAGGCAGAUGGGGACCCAGCUAACAGCAAAGACUGCAAUGGCAGCCUGGACACAGCCCCCGGGGAGAAGGGGCUCCCAAGGCAGAGCUGCAGUGCAGACAGUGCCAUCUCUGAUGCUAUGGAAGAGCUGGAAGAGGCCCACCAGAGGUGCCCGCCGUGGUGGUACAAGUGUGCCCACAAGGUGCUCAUCUGGAACUGCUGCGGCCCGUGGGUGAAGUUCAAGAGCUUCAUCCUCCUGAUCGUCACGGAUCCCUUCGUGGACCUGGGCAUCACCAUCUGCAUCGUGCUCAACACCCUCUUCAUGGCCAUGGAGCACUACCCCAUGACGGAGCACUUCGACAGAGUGCUCAACGUGGGCAACCUGGUCUUCACAGGCAUCUUCACGGCAGAGAUGGUACUGAAGCUCAUCGCCAUGGACCCCUACGAGUACUUCCAGCAAGGCUGGAACAUCUUCGACAGUCUCAUCGUCACGCUCAGCCUGGUGGAGCUGGGCCUGGCCAACGUGCAGGGGCUGUCGGUGCUCCGGUCCUUCCGCCUGCUGCGGGUCUUCAAGCUGGCCAAGUCCUGGCCGACGCUCAACAUGCUCAUCAAGAUCAUCGGCAACUCGGUGGGGGCUCUGGGCAACCUGACACUGGUGCUGGCCAUCAUCGUGUUCAUCUUCGCCGUGGUGGGCAUGCAGCUGUUUGGCAAGAGCUACAAGGAGUGCGUGUGCAAGAUCUCGGCGGACUGCAGCCUGCCACGCUGGCACAUGCACGACUUCUUCCACUCCUUCCUCAUCAUCUUCCGCAUCCUGUGCGGGGAGUGGAUCGAGACCAUGUGGGACUGCAUGGAGGUGGCCGGCCAGGCCAUGUGUCUCACCGUCUUCCUCAUGGUCAUGGUCAUCGGCAACCUCGUGGUCCUCAACCUGUUCCUAGCGCUGCUUCUGAGCUCCUUCAGUGCCGACAGCCUGGCGGCCUCGGACGAGGACGGUGAGAUGAACAACCUGCAGAUCGCCAUUGGCCGCAUCAAGUGGGGGGUGGCCUUCGCCAAGGCCUUCCUGCUGGGGCUCCUGCACGGCCAGCUGCCGAGCCCCGCCAACAUCGUGCGGAGUAUCGGGCCACUCGGGGAGGCCGGGGAGGCCGGGGAGGGCGCCCCCCAAGACGAGAAGAAGGAGCCGCUGCCGGAGGAGGGAGACAAGGACCCCAAGAAGGACGGUCACAUCCUGAACCACGUGGGCCUGCCCGACGGGAUGCCCCCCAGCACUGAGCUGGACCACCUCAACUUCAUCAACAACCCCUACCUGACCAUCCAUGUGCCCAUCGCCUCCGAGGAGUCGGACCUGGAGAUGCCCACAGAGGAGGAGACGGACACAUUCUCGGAGCCCGAGGACAGCAAGAACCCACCACGGCCCCUCUACGACGGAAACUCCUCCGUCUGUAGCACAGCGGACUACAAGCCACCAGAGGCCGACCCUGAGGAGCAGGCGGAGGAGAACCCCGACGGGGAGCAGCCUGAGGAGUGCUUCACAGAGGCCUGCGUGCAGCGCUGCUCCUGCCUCUAUGUGGACGUUUCCCAGGGCCGGGGGAAGAUGUGGUGGACGCUCCGCAGGGCUUGCUUCAAGAUCGUCGAGCACAACUGGUUCGAGACCUUCAUCGUCUUCAUGAUCCUGCUUAGCAGUGGAGCCCUGGCCUUUGAGGACAUCUACAUAGAGAAGCACCACGUCAUCCGGACCAUCCUGGAGUACGCCGACAAGGUCUUCACCUACAUCUUCAUCGUGGAGAUGCUGCUCAAGUGGGUGGCGUACGGCUUCAAGGUGUACUUCACCAACGCCUGGUGCUGGCUGGACUUCCUCAUCGUGGACGUCUCCAUCAUCAGCCUGGUGGCACACUGGCUGGGCUACUCGGAGCUGGGACCCAUCAAAUCCCUGCGCACCCUGAGGGCCCUGCGCCCCCUGAGGGCACUGUCCAGAUUUGAAGGCAUGAGGGUGGUGGUCAACGCCCUCCUGGGUGCCAUUCCGUCCAUCAUGAACGUCCUCCUUGUCUGCCUCAUCUUCUGGCUCAUCUUCAGCAUCAUGGGCGUCAACCUGUUUGCCGGGAAGUUCUACUACUGCAUCAACACCACCACGUCCGAGCGCUUUGACAUCUCCGAGGUCAACAACAAGUCCGAGUGCGAGAGCCUGAUGCACACGGGCCAGGUGCGCUGGCUCAACGUCAAGGUCAACUACGACAACGUGGGACUGGGCUACCUGUCUCUGCUGCAGGUGGCCACCUUCAAGGGCUGGAUGGACAUCAUGUAUGCAGCUGUGGACUCCAGGGAGAAGGAAGAGCAGCCAAAGUACGAGGUGAACAUCUACAUGUAUCUCUACUUUGUCAUCUUCAUCAUCUUCGGCUCCUUCUUCACCCUCAACCUCUUCAUCGGGGUCAUCAUCGACAACUUCAACCAGCAGAAGAAGAAGUUUGGAGGGAAAGACAUCUUCAUGACAGAGGAACAGAAGAAAUACUAUAAUGCCAUGAAGAAGCUUGGCUCUAAGAAGCCGCAGAAGCCGAUUCCCAGACCCCAGAACAAGAUCCAGGGCCUGGUGUACGACUUUGUGAUGAAGCAGGCGUUCGACAUCACCAUCAUGAUCCUCAUCUGCCUCAACAUGGUCACCAUGAUGGUGGAGACGGAUGACCAGAGCGACCUCAAGGUGGACGUCUUGUACUACAUCAACAUGGUGUUCAUCAUCAUCUUCACGGGCGAGUGUGUGCUCAAGAUGUUCGCCCUGCGCCAGUACUACUUCACCGUCGGCUGGAACAUCUUCGACUUCGUGGUGGUCAUCCUGUCCAUCGUGGGCCUCGCGCUCUCUGACCUGAUCCAGAAAUACUUCGUGUCACCCACCCUGUUCCGUGUGAUCCGCCUGGCGAGGAUCGGGCGCGUCCUGCGUCUGAUCCGCGGGGCCAAGGGCAUCCGCACGCUGCUCUUCGCUCUCAUGAUGUCCCUGCCCGCCCUCUUCAACAUCGGCCUCCUGCUCUUCCUCGUCAUGUUCAUCUACUCCAUCUUCGGCAUGUCCAACUUCGCCUACGUCAAGAAGGAGUCGGGCAUCGACGACAUGUUCAACUUCGAGACGUUCGGAAACAGCAUCAUCUGCCUGUUCGAGAUCACCACGUCGGCCGGCUGGGACGGGCUGCUGAACCCCAUCCUCAACAGCGGGCCCCCCGACUGCGACCCCACGCUCGAGAACCCGGGCUCCAGCGUCAGGGGCGACUGUGGCAACCCGUCCAUCGGCAUCUGCUUCUUCUGCAGCUACAUCAUCAUCUCCUUCCUCAUCGUGGUCAACAUGUACAUCGCCAUCAUCCUGGAGAACUUCAGUGUGGCCACGGAGGAGAGCAGCGAGCCCCUGGGCGAGGACGACUUCGACAUGUUCUACGAGACGUGGGAGAAGUUCGACGCUGAUGCCACACAGUUCAUCGACUACAGCCGCCUCUCGGACUUCGUGGACACCCUCCAGGAGCCGCUGCGGAUCGCCAAGCCCAACAAGAUCAAGCUCAUCACCCUGGACCUGCCCAUGGUGCCGGGGGACAAGAUCCACUGCCUGGACAUCCUGUUCGCCCUGACCAAGGAGGUCCUGGGCGACUCCGGCGAGAUGGACGCCCUCAAGCAGACCAUGGAGGAGAAGUUCAUGGCGGCCAACCCCUCCAAGGUGUCCUACGAGCCCAUCACCACCACCCUCAAGAGGAAGCACGAGGAGGUGUGUGCCGUCAAGAUCCAGAGGGCCUACCGCCGCCACCUGCUGCAGCGAUCCGUGAAGCAGGCCUCCUACCUGUACCGCCACAGCCAGGACGGCAGCGGGGCUGGUGCCCCUGAGCAGGAGGGCCUGAUCGCCGAGUCCAUGAGCAGGAUGUACGGCCCGGACCGCAGGGACGGUGGCCAGCAGAGCAAGGAGGACCCGGGCUCACCACAGGACUUAGGACCCGCCACGGAGCUCGCUCCCGUCAGCUCUGUGGACCCUACCCUCCUGUCCUCCUCGCCCCUGGCACAGACGGUGCGCCCGGGGGUCAAGGAGUCUCUCGUCUAGGAGGCCGGUGUCUGUGUGGCCGACCGAGCCUGGCGCAGCCCGGGCUUCCACGAGAUGCCGGCUCUGGCUCCCAUGUGGGGGACGGGAACUUGGCUUUGGGGGGGCUCAUGUCGCCCACAGGCAGUGACAGCUCCUCUUAGGGGCACCAUGCUGGACCUGAGGCCCCCGCCUCCAUGACAUCGCCUCCCAAGUUUCUCUCAUCUCCUUGUGGGACCUGUUGUCCCCGCUCUGGGCCAUGAGGUGGGAGCUGGGGGUUAUAUCAUCAGCACACCUGCCCCCCACUUGGGGGAGAGCCAGCCGUGACAGUGGGGCAGGCCAUCCUUCUGCCACCAGCGUCUGAAGGGUUACUGAUCUCUCCUUCGGAAGCGACUUGGGCCCCUCAGCCCUGCCUCAGACAAAGAUGGCUUCCCUACAGUCAGAGGAGAUGCCUGGCUCUGACAGCCCCUUCCAGACCAGGGAUCUUCUGGGAGAUGGAUAUGUCAGUGGCCCAGAAGCAGCUCCGCUGGGUUCUCGUCUGUAAGGCAGCAUUGUGGCACCCUGGACCCCUUCCCAUUUUGUCCACCGUCCAGGCCCCCAGCUCCCCAGCUGGCCCCUGGGAAAGAGCCAAAGGGAGGAUUCCACUCGAAGUUCUCUUUUCCAAGGAAGUCUGGGGACUCCCUUGGCCAGAGCACCCAGACCUGGAGCAGGGCUGGGGAGCCUGGCGAUCAGAGGAAAAGAUUCCAGUUCCCUCUCCGCCCUCCUCCUUUCUGGGGCUAUGCCUCAGAGGUCUCCUCCUCCUCCUCCUCGCCCCCAGCUGACCCGUCUCCUCCUCCCUCCUCAAUCCCUCUCCCUCCUCAGAGUCGUCCUAAGAAGUUCGAGUUGAACCCACGUCAGAGAUCUCAACACUAGGAUGUGCCUGGUUCCCCCAGAAUGAGGCCCGUCUUUCCAGCGUCCAGUGGCCUGGGGAGCCAGGGCGUUUGCAUCGGCCCCCCUGGUGUGGGCAUGGCAGUGCCAGGCUCUGCUGCUCCUUUCUGCACAGAGGGGCUGAGCCUGGAGGAGGGGGGAGACACCUGCUCAGGGCACUGGUCUAAGGUGUCUGUGCGUGUGUGUGUGUGUGUGUGUGUGUGUCUGUCCGUGUAUGUGUCUGUGUGUCUGGUAUGUAUGUGCAUGUGUGUGUCUGUGUCUGUUGUCGCUGUGUCUGCUGUGUGUGUCGUCUGUGUGUUCCUCUGUGUGUCUGUUGUAUGUCUGUGUCUGUGAGUCUGUUUGUCUGUUGUGUGUGUGCGUUGUCUGUGUGU